CUAAAAACUGCUAGUCUUCUUUACUCUUUUUAUUUUCUAUAAAAUGAGGCAACGUGAUUUAAAAAAUAAACCAAAGAAAAGAAUUGCUGUAUCCAUACAAGUACCAACAAAACGUGUAACUCGAUCGAGUAGAGAACUAGACAUUGAUGUUCCUUCCAAACCGGCACCAAAAAAGAAGAAACUCAUUUGCGAGGCUCCCGAAAUGAUCAGUGACACGCUUCUUUGUCGUGUUUGCCUGGUUCAAUUCAAAAACCAGGUAAGAUACAGGCGACAUUUGAUCAAGACACACAAAAUCAAAAGUCAGGACAUUAUCCUACAUAGUCCUGAAUUGGCUCCGAUAAUCAAAUAUCCCAAUACAUAUUGUGCUUUUUGUGAGAUUGAUACAUUUAAAGCGGACAGAUUCAGACAGCAUCUGAUAGGGUUACAUGAUCUCGAUAUUGAAGUUGAAGAGGAAUAUGAUUCGUUAAUCGAUAGCACAAUUAAACCCGACCCGCAUGAUCCGGACUAUUAUUGUCUAAUCUGCAAGACUGCGUCUGCGGACAAAACAGAUUAUUGCAACCAUCUUAAGGAAGAGCAUGGAAUGAAGUUCAAGACAGGAAAAAUCCCAUUUUUACAUAAUUCAAAAUCAAAGGAUUACGAUGAAGACAUUCCCAUUACGGAUAGCAAAGAAAAUACAUGUAGCGAUUGUAAUCGUACAUACCAUGCAUAUACAGCCUAUCAACGACAUUUGAAAGAGGUACAUCAUAUGGAUGAGUUCCUUGUUUCCACUCGUAAAUCACAGAGAUUUCUUAAAGACAGGAUCGAAAAUUGUGAUUUUUUGCCUAAUCCCAAUGAUCCAGACUUUUAUUGCCGUGUCUGCGAAAUGAAAUAUCCUAAAGCAUCCUCGCUUAUUACCCAUAUCCAGCGAUGCCACGAUUUAAAGGUUGAGCCCUAUUUUGAUUACUUGAUAUCAGUACCCGCCCGAAUUGAAUAUUACCCUGAUUACUGUGAUCCUCAUUAUGCUUGUCGACAAUGUGACUGGUUAACGUUUGAUACAAGAAAAGAGUUCCAUGAACAUUUACGGACAACGCAUCAAAUGGUUUUACCCACCGGAAGAUGUAGAUCAUACAGCUGCGAAAAUGUAGCCAAACCCCAAGGUUCAGAAUAUGCGGCCCAUUAUUGUAUGCCGUGUAAUGAUGGCAUGACGGUUCGAAAGAAAUUUUUCUCUGCAACGCCGAUAAUCAAGCCAAAAAGAGAAUCACUUGUAGCCAAAUAUAUUCCAGCCACCGACAUCAAUCUAAUAGAAGAGCCUAUUAAGGAGGAGAUUACCCCUGUGACUGUUCAAGCACCCACGGUGAGUGUCGGCAAAUCUUCCAUAUUCAGUCAACCACCGACCUUGGAAAAAAGUAAAAUCACACUUGAAGAUCUACUGGCAAGUGCAGCUGGAUCUACAGACACCUAUGAGAGACAUAUGAUGGAUAACCAAACCGGGUUUGAUGAAUCCAGUGAAGAUGAAUACGACUUGCGAGAUGUCAAAAUUGAAGAUUUCAACAGUGAUUCCAAAUUACUCCGAACAAGUAACGAAAGGCCCAAGAAGGACAUUGCAUUUUGCUCUAUAUGUUCCAUCAGUUUCGAACAACCAGAAGAGUAUAUGGAACACCUCAAUAUUCACUGUGUGGAAUUAAGAGAUGCCGAAGACGGUGUGAUACCUAAAGUUCAUGGUUAUACAUGUACUACAUGCCACGUCAAGUAUGAUACGAAAGGAAGAUUUAUUCGCCAUAUGAAUGUAGCGCCUCAUAACAAUCCAGCAUUUGAUUGGAUGUUUAAAAAGGAUGGAAGAGGAGAGGCCGGGGAUGAGGAGUUAUAUCGCAUAUACAGCUGCCAGGGCUGUGCGCUGGAAUUUUCAAGCAAGGAGGAGCAUCAUGAUCAUCUGAAGGAAAACCAUCUUGAUGAAAUUUACAGAUUGAAGUAUUUAAAAAGCUUAGUAGAUGAUGGUACGGUUAUAAGCAUGGAUGGAUUCUACAUUAAGUGUGAUAUUUGUGGCGGAGCCUUUGACAAACGAUCAUUCCAAUAUCAUAGAUCCAGAGAGCACCCAUUCUAUCCUCCUCAGGAGACGGACAUGACCCGCUAUUAUGCUCGUCAGAAACAGUUGGGCAUUCCCAUCAAUCCUCAUAGUUGCUACGAUUGUGGAAUGAAUCUACCAAAAAAUGGCUCGUAUGAUAGUAAUCAUAUGAGAUUACAUUACACUUCCUACACCCGAUACAACAUCGUCAACUUAGAUGAUCUGGACAACUUCGAUAUUCCGCCUUUUUAUUGUGGCCCUUGUAUCAAAAUGUUACCAAACUACACAGGAUAUCGCUCUCACGUUCUACGAAAACAUGGCGUAAGGUCUGCCUAUCCAACGGUUAAGAAUCAUGACACAAAAGUUGUGCCAGAUAUUGAUGAUCCUCGCUUCUACUGCAAAUCGUGUGAUUUCAAAUUCGGCGAUAGAAAAAAGUAUAGGCGACAUCUAAAGUCGUUUCAUAAAAUGCUUCUACCUAAAUUGGCAAAAGCUAUUAAACCUGAUGCCACUAAUGAAUAAAAAAUUAACACAUGUGCUGUGAAAAGCCCCUCUGAAAUAUUAUGAAGUAAUAAAUGCAU